UAGACUAUACGUUAAUUGUUUGACGUUAUUAAAUGCAUUUUACAACAUUCGAUACUCAUUGAUUGUAUUUGUGUUAUUACAAAAUUUAUGAUGGUUUCCAAGUCAAAAACUGGCUUAUUUGCGCUAGGUUUUUACGCUUUAGCGUCCUUCUUUAUUAUAUUGGCCUUUGUAAGUCCAUACUGGUUGGUCACUGACGGCAAACUUAAAAACCCUAAGUUUAUUCAAAUUGGUUUGUGGUUAGUAUGCUUCAAUGGGUUUCAAGAGCCGCACCACUGGUAUGACACAGUGUUCACUGGCUGCUGGUGGGUGUUUGAAGAAGAGUACUAUAUCAUCCAUGACAUACUUCUCCCAGGAUUCUUCAUCGCCACUCAGUUCUUCUUCACUGUAUCACUGUGCACUGUGCUCAUUUCUCUGUUCCUAGCAUAUCUGUAUUUGCAGAAAGACAAUGAUGAUGAAAACUAUUUGACUCUUUUGGUGACACUGGGAACCAUACUUGUUAUUGGAGGCUUUUCUGGAAUUAUAUCUGUGGUGACAUUUGGAGCGAGGGGUGAUGGCCGUGACUGGAUGCCGAAUUGGGAACACAAUGACCUCGGCUGGGCAUAUGCCAUGGGCGUGAUUGGAGUUGUCAUGCUGUUUCCAGCAGGCAUUCUGUUCUUGGUUGAAGCCAGGGUGCAUAAGUAUAAGAAACUACAUGAAAUGCAAAGCCGUGAGCCAUCCUCAUACACAAUGCAUGAAAGGAAGUUUGCUUACGCUGGAGGACACACAGAUAUUUAACUGGUUGUAAGAUUUUUUAAUUAUAUCCAUGAUUUUCAUUUAGAUAGUAUUAGAUGGUAAUUAUAAGUGAUGAGCUGAUGACAGUCAUAAAGUAUGGAGUAAUUAGUAACAAUAAUAGACUAAUGUAUUGUAAUGUAUCUUAUAUUUGACUCCGUCCAUGUUUUACAAGAAUCUCAUGUACAAAAAUUAUACUUACAUAUUUAACACUGUUAAAAGCCAAUAAGUUAGCCCAAGUGACUUAAAAAUAAAUGUUAAAUAUCAUGACUACCUUGAAAAAAAAUCUUAUUCUGUUAAUGUGGUCAUCUGUGCAAAAGAAAAAUGAGGUAAGUAUGGGUUGCAGACAUUACUGCAUUUCAACCAGUAACAGGAUACAAGAAUUUUUCAAAGUAUUAUGAAAUUAAAGUUCUUUUGCCUUUGUUGUAAAUAUUGCAAAACAGAAUAAGAUUGCUCUUAUUAAGUGAAAGUGAUUGAUGUAAAAAAAGUUAUUAAAAACAAUAAUAAUCAUAUGUGUAUGUGUAGUGCCGGUGGGGAAUUAUAUCUUACGAGUUUAUUGGACAACUGGGCUCAGUUUUACGAGACUUGUUUAAGUUGUUUUAUACUUAUUAUGCGGAAAGUCCUUUUUCAAUAUUUUUGAAGAACAUCUCACAAUUCUGUGCAACUAAAUAACAUUGAAGAUAUUGCUACAAUACAUAAUGAGUGUUAUAACUAAAGUACAGUCUGCAAGUGACCAACAAAACUGAGUCGAGUCUGAAGGUUGAAGAAUCCAAUGAGCUUAUUCUUUAUCAAUACCAUAUUGUGUGUGUGAGAGGGUAGCUGACCUUGCACAGGUUUGGGAACUUACAUUAAAAUAAGUUUGUGUUGUGUGGAUAUGCUGUAAUGGCAGCUGUUUAAAGGUAAAGAAAUAAAAUCUACUUAUUCCCAUAAUUAUUUAGUGCCUUAGCAUAGCUGUAUGCAGGACUGUUAAAUGCAUUUUAUUUACUUGUAGUUUUAGUAAAUAAUAAAUCUUUUUUACAUAAUUA